AACGAGUCAUUGGAGACUUGACCGAGUUGCCUAACACAGUCCCACGACACGCAUCACACAGACGAUCCGUUUGGACGAAAAGAAAAGAGAAUGGGAGCGGAAGGAGAAGAGCAGGAAAAGCAGGGAAAUCAGAAUCCAAAACCCAAUGCUAUCACGCAGGCCCAGUUCCUCUCUUGGAAACGUCAGAAGGAUUCUGAUGCAUCAGCUAGAAAAGCUGAAGCAGCUAGAAAACGUGAAGAGGAUAUCGCUGCAGGAACAGUCCAGAUGAAUGGCCGUGAGUUGUUUGCGCAUGAGCCUUGGGUGUUUGAUAACACCCGUUAUUGAGUUGCUCCUGCGAAGAAUUAUAUGAUUCAUAUCUAUAUCCAAGUUUGACUUUUAGUGAUUCUUUUCAUGAUGUUGACUUCCUAUCUUGCUUUGCUUUUCUUUUCAGUUAUGCUGCCUUUUUUUUGAGUAUAUAAGUUAUCGUGCUUUGCUGGGAACAAUAGUCUGCAUGUAUUCACAGGUUCUCAUGAAGAGCCACAUGCCAGAGAAGCACUGUAUUCAAUCAUCAAUAUUAAAGCCAAUGGCUGCAUUAUCACUCAUAGACGCUCGUGUGGAAAUGUUGCCCUGUAAAAGAUUUGUAAA